CUGAAUCUCAUCAAACGUCCAAAAAAUUAUCUCGAGGGAAAGGAUGGGCAAGCCUAUGUUGCUUAUGCCGCAACCAAAAGUGAAUUCGUUAAAAAGAGGACACAAUAUAAUGUCCUAUUUUAACGAAUAACAUGUUGCAUCUCGCAGGAUCCAUCGCCGGCUGGGUUGACGAUAACGAUGAUAUUAUCAAGUUUUACUUGCGUAAGUUGUACCGCAGUGAUGGAACGGUCGACAAAAAUGCCAAAGGUUGCAAGGUUUCUGGGAAGAGGUUCGGAGGGUACGGCGAGAGAGCGUCGGCGUUACCAUUCUUCGUCCCGAUGACGCCUGUUCAAGACGUCGUCGUCCACUUGAGAGACUUCCUCGAGGUCUGGUCGGCUACAGUCCAUCCUAGCCAUGGCAUAGACCUGGCCCCGGGGACAUCACUAAGUGGUCCUGUUACGUUCGCGGGAGGAGACCUUCCUCAACAACGUGCGGGAGGCGAGAGGGGACAACCUAGUACGCCUCCUGACCCAGAAAUGCGAAUGUCGGACGACUCGGAGGACGAGCGUACCCGAGCGCCUCUAAAAGUCGGCGUGCAGGAACCACGCCACCAAGGUUUGCUUGGAGAGUCGCCGAUUGCGACGUCACUUGGAGGACGCGUCCGCAAACGGUUGGAAAAGGCCUCGGGAAAGACGUCUCCCCGUCUCCUCGCUGAAAAAAUCGGUGAAUUGAUCUGUGCCGUGAAAGAGAGACAAAUGGUUGCGUCGUCGUCGGGCGAACAACCCGGUAGCUACGCAGUCCGAGAGGUGCGUGGGACGGAGGAGACGAAUCGAUCGGCCCGCCCUACUCCACUCCUGCUGAAGAAGGAGGCGAACCCUCAAUGGGACGCAGGUGGGAACGUCACUGAUGAUGAGGAGCCUGUCGAGUUGGGGGGGCAUCAGAGUACGCCUGGAAAGUCUCUGCCGGGAGGUAAGCACAACUUACCGCUCGCCAAGGAGGGGGAGGGUGUCAUAAUGCAGAAAAAACAAAGAACGGAAGGGGGAGGGAGUCGAGCGUCAAAGACACAAGAGCGGGGUUCGGUUGACAAGAGGAAAAGGGGAGUGGGGGGGGAAACGUCGAAGGAGUCGACCAGACGGCGAAAUACUGGUGAUUCUUCUGGGAAGAGGUCGAAGUCCUCCAAGGGAAAGAAAACAGACGAGGGUCAGAGUGGGGGUAGGGACUCCGAUGUGGAAUUGAACAUAAAUACUUUUGACCUCGACAAAGCGUUCUUCCUGGAGAUGAAAACGGGGGUGCAGAAGGACGUCGUUUUGUAUAUCCAUCUCAAGAGAAUCUUGCCUAUUCCAGACUGGGAAGGCGCGUACAACCACCGAUCCUUGGAUGAUUUCCUCGUGGAUAGCAUCGCGGAGGCAAUGAUCGACUGUUUCAACCGUCGUGAUAGAAAAUAUACAAAGCCGACUUUCGUUCUAGCUCCGCUCGUCUCACCUCCAAAGAAGAGCAAACCCGUUGUGCGCGUGCUGCCUGAAGACUUUAAUGCCACAACGCCCGAGAAGUACUGGUAUUAUCCUGUGAGUGGGCAGCAUAAAGCGAGGGCAGCGAUGCAAGUGAAGGACCAUCCGGUGGAGGACCCGUCGUUGAGAAGGGGCAAGGGCAAGCCCAAGAAAGGCGUAGAGGAUAAAACUUUCUACGUCCAUGUUCCCGAGACUAAUGUCCACUGCUGGAAGGAAAUGGCAGACUUGACGGAGAGCGAGAAGAUAAGGUUGUUGAAAGGUGUCUUGAACCUUGACGUCGUGUGGGUUCAAGGGAGUAACAAAAAGUUGGCCGAGCAGGGGAAAUUCAGUGUCAAGGAGAUGGUUGACAUAAUAAAGAUCGACUGGAUUAUGCUCAGGCUGUCGCACUACGUGGAGUUCGAGUAUGAGGGCAGUGAAAUGUCAGAUCUUCAUUCUUCAGGUCGAAGCGGAAAGUGUUUGAAGAGUACGCGGACAGAGGACAUGUUCUUCAAGUUAUCUCUGGAGAAAAGGCGCCAAGGCUACUCCUUUCUUUUCGGCAAACAACCCAAGUGGAGAGUGGAUGAGGAUUACUUGAUGCGAAAGAAAGUCACCAUUGCUGUCCUCCAGGGCUACCACGGGGCGAGUUGGGAUAGCGCAAUGGAUUUCAUGAAGAGGUUGGAAUACGUCUUCUUCAAUGAAAAUUUGCACGAUCCGGGCGACUUCACUUUAGACAAGUACAGGUUGGCAUUUGGCAAGGACGAUGACUUCAAUGUUAACACUGAACAGGAGGAGAGCAUCGAGGACAACCUCUCCGAUUUCGACGGCCAUUUAGCCAUCUUUGGCGCCCAAGUCCUUUCAGAGUCGCCCUCGGUAUGCAAACCGGGGACAUCGGUCGCUACACCCACCUCAGGUGGUCCAACACCCUUAUCGUCCUCAGCGCCAGUCAAGAGGGGUGGGUUGUCUCGUCUGAAGAGUUCGCUAGGGGAGUCGCUACGUCUCACACCACACCCCAAACGUCCAAAACCCGGCCAUGCAGUUCCUCAUGACCAUCCGCAUCUAUCGGACCCUUCGAGGCCGUACCACAUGGGCGACAAACAUACCUUCUCCCCAACCGAAGAUUGGGGCCAUGAUAUCGUGUGGCACCCUGAUCAUUUCCUGCCAAUCCUUCUUGACGGUGAUUGGGCAGUGGCUGUUAGGGACAUUAAAGACAGCGAGUCUGCGGUCGAAGCGGACAUGUUCGUGCCACUGAACUCCGUCAGGACUCAGAUGAAUCAGAAUCCGAGCGACGUGAGCAUGUGCAUCGAUACUAGUGCUUUGGAGUCCACCGGAAAUCGGAUGCAUUCAAAGCUGAUAGACGCUAGGCUUGCAGUCGUCGACGUCGAUGGUAGUGGACAUAUCACUCUGUUGGACAAACUGGAUAUGUCCUCGCCAUUGCACUCCGCCGGGACUCAGAUUAAUCCGAAUCCGAGUGACGUGAGCAUGUUCCUCGAUACUUGUGGAGAUGAUAUGCAGGCCGUCGGGCUGGACGAGGGAGUCGUUCCAGGUUCCAAGGACCCCUUGUACGCCGGCUUUCAUGACGACGCUAUAGGAGAUGAUAUUCUGAAGAAGCCCUCGAAGGCUGUGAAAAAUGGUUUGUUAUAUGGAAGUGAGGACGACAAAGACACUGCACACGGGGACAAGAAGUUGAGGGAGGGAGAUGUCCUGUCGGACAUCCAUGGGACCUUGACCCCAACACAGCACGACACUGGGGCUAUGGAGAAAACAAAACUUGUUAAUAUUGUGGACCUCGACUCUUUUAGUCCCGAGAAAAGCGGAAUAAAAUCGUUCAUGGCGGGCGUGGAGAAUUUGCGACAUUGGGAAGAAGUUUUGCCGCCUCAGAUCAUCGAUGCCAACAUGAAACACCUUUCUAGGUUUCCUCGAGAUGGAAGAGCAGUCCUCGAAGACGUAGUCCGCUCUCGACUGCCGCUCACUUUCAUCGCCGCGCAUUUGCCGUCGCACAAUUUACAGGUAUCGGUUAAGGAUACCGUCACUAUUGUGGAUAAAUACGAGGAGCUUAACGAUGAGGUUGUCAAUUUCUACAUGGUGAUGAUACUGGACGACUGCGGCCGAUCUAUUGCUGCCAUGAAGACAUACACCUUUAACUCUUUCUUCGCCUCAACAUUGCUGCUUCGAGGGCCGACAAGUGUUAGCAGAUGGGCUAAAGAUGUUGACCUCCUGUCUCAAGACCUCGUCUUGGCACCAGUGCACAAGGGCGGCACACACUGGAGUCUUUUGGCAAUUGACUUUUCUAGAUGUGUUUUGAAAAUUUUCGACUCGUUUUCCUGUUCGUCAUUGAAAGAUGAUUUCUAUUCCACACUAUUUGAUAACGUUGUUAAGUAUUUGAACAUGGUGGCAAGUGCCACCACUGAUGGUCGCACUUUCGACCACUUCGCAUGCGAGGUCCGCAUGAAAGGUGUUCCUCAGCAGCAGGACGGGGCUAGUUGUGGGGUGUUUAUUUUGAUGUUCGCUUCCUGUUUGGCGAAAGGUUUACGUCCACCUUUUGAUUUCUUCCAUUGACACAUCUUCUCUAUCAGAUGUAGACUAGCUUUGGCGAUGUGUUGUGUUGAUAGUUGAGCGUCUACCUAUUUGUUGGUUACGUAUUAUGGAAGGGUUGGCGUACAAGAACAUUUCGUUCUUCUAUGGACAUUGAUUUCUUCUUUUGUUUUUUCAUGAGAGUCUGGUAGGUGUUCUCGCAUUGGUUCAAAGCUAAAUUGGCUGUCGCGGUUGGUUCUGACGUCUCUUUCGAGAUGAAUAAAUGAAAAUACAAUCG